AUGACUUAGACAAUAUACAGUACUCCUUUUAACCAGCUAUUGUAAAACAUCUAGAUUGACACUAAACUUAUUCCUAUUUACAUAUUUUUUGCUCUUGAGGAUUUAGAGCAGGUCAGAAUUUAGAAACUAAAGGAAUAGUUUUUGGAUAUGUUCCACUUAAAUGACUAAGAAAAAAAAGUUCUUGAUUUCAAUUUUAAUCAAUUUGGCAGUUUUGCUGAUUAAUGGUUUAAUGAUGUCUUUAGCAAUGAGGAUUUGAAAUUUCAAUUAUUUUUACCAUUGUGUACAGGUGGAAAUAUGCUAAAUGAUAUAGGUCUAAACGGUGGUUUCAAUAAUAUGCUUGAAUCUGCUUUUGAAUUAUUAAAUGUCAACCAGUACAAUUAGUCAGUGAUAUAUAACAAAAAGCUGUUUGACUAAAAUGAGAAAUUAGUCUAGCUUAAGGAUUAAAAACCAGUAGAUAACCAUGUUAAAAGUGAUUAGUUACCAGAAUAGAUUUAGCUUGCCGAGUUUGCAGUUAAAAAUGUGGAUAAGGACCACUUAGAAUUAAUUCCUAGAAAGUAAAGACAAGAAAUAUCUUCAGAUAUCGACCUGACAAAGUUUGCACCUUAGAAAGUUUUAAGAAAGGAAUCAGCUUAAAAUGGCAAAAUGAGGAAAGCAAAGGGGUUAGCUAUUUGA